GCAGUUCAAGUACUCAGAAGCCAAAGGAUGGAAGCUCAAGCAGCUCAAAACCGAAAGAUCAUCAUUCCAGUAAAUCAAACACUGCUUCAAAGCAUAGAGAACAUUCCUCCAGCUCUAGCAGCAAACACAAGGACGGUUCAAAAUCGUCGUCGCAUAAAGACAGUAACAGUAAAAACAAAGAUGCCAAGAAGUCGUCCUCUUCUCAUAAAAAUGAAAACGACAGACCCAAUAAUGCCGGCGAGGUCAAAGUAAAAUCCGAAUCUGUGUCACCAACUAAACUUGUCAUAAAAACUGAAGAUGGCAGGAAAUCAAUCAAAAAGGAGACGGAAGAUAGUGAUGAUGAUAUACCUUUGGCGCAAAGGACAAACGUCACUGUCAAGGUCGAGGAAGACUCCGAUUCAUCACCCACAAAGAAGAGGCCACACAGAGACGUAGAUUCUGAAGACGAUGAGCCUCUGUUCGCAAGGGCUCAGAAGGCGAAGAAACAAAAGACUAGUUCUACAACAUCAGUGAAAAAAGAGCACAGUGACAAGAAAAGGAAAACUGGCCCAGAUGAUGAUGAACCUUUGAAAAAAAUCAAGAAAGAGGUAAAACCAGACAAGAAAACAGCUAAGAAGACAGAUGGGUCCCCCAAGAAAAGGGUAAAGAAAGAAAAAGUAGAAGAAGAAGUUUGGAAAUGGUGGGAAGAGAAACCUCUCCCUGAAGGAGUAAAAUGGAUGUCGUUGUCACACAAAGGUCCUGUGUUCGCACCCGAAUAUGAACGUCUUCCCAAAAGUGUGAAGUUUUAUUACGAUGGAAAACAUGUACAGCUUGAGGAAGCAGCUGAAGAAGUGGCUGGCUUCUAUGCUAAAAUGUUGGAGCAUGAUUACACGUCUAAAGAAAUUUUCAACAAAAACUUUUUCAGAGACUGGAGGAAGGAGAUGACCCACGAUGAAAAAGCACUAAUAACCGACUUGAGUAAAUGUGACUUUCGAGAAAUCGGAGCUUACUACAAAAUGAAAUCUGAGGAGAGGAAAAAUAUGACCAAGGCCGAGAAAGAGGAAAUCAAGAAACAGAACCAGGCUCUUACUGACGAAUACGGUUUCUGUAUAAUCGACGGGCACAAACAGAAGAUUGGUAACUUCAGGAUAGAACCGCCAGGUCUGUUUAGAGGACGUGGUGAUCACCCAAAACAGGGAAUGUUAAAGAAGCGAAUUCAACCAGAGACAGUCAUCAUCAAUUGUUCGAAAGAUGUAGAAACUCCAAAACCACCGGAGGGCCACAGAUGGAAGCAGGUGUUACAUGACAACAAAGUGACAUGGUUGUGCUCCUGGACCGAAAACAUACAAGGAGCUAUCAAGUAUAUUAUGUUAAACGCAAAUUCAAGGCUAAAGGGGGAGAAAGAUUGGCAGAAGUACGAGAUGGCCAGACAGCUGAAGACAGUGGUUGAAAAAAUCCGUGCAAAUUACCGAGAGGAUUGGAGAAGUAAGGAGAUGAGAAUUCGACAGCGAGCUGUGGCGAUGUAUUUCAUUGACAAGCUUGCAUUGAGAGCCGGUAAUGAAAAGGAAGAAGGCGAGACUGCGGAUACCGUUGGUUGUUGCUCAUUGCGGGUUGAACAUAUCAAGCUAUACCCAGAGUUGAAUGGUAAAGAAUUUGUUGCAGAGUUUGAUUUCCUCGGUAAAGAUUCCAUUCGAUAUCUUAAUCAGGUACCAGUGGAAAAGCGGGUGUAUAAAAAUCUACAGCUAUUUAUGGAUAACAAAUCACCUGGGGACGAUGUGUUCGAUCGACUGAACACCAGCAUCUUGAAUAAACAUCUACAGGAGCUCAUGGAAGGCCUAACAGCCAAGGUUUUCCGUACUUUCAACGCUUCAAAGACGCUGCAAGAUCAACUGAAUGAGUUAACCAAUCCUGAUGACUCGGUGACUGCCAAGAUCCUCUCCUACAAUCGCGCCAACAGAGCCGUAGCUGUCCUGUGUAACCAUCAAAGGGCAAUUCCCAAGACGUUUGACAAACAGAUGUUGAAUAUGCAGGAGAAAAUAAAGAAAAAGAAUGACACCAUAAAAGAUGCUAAAAAAGAUUACAAAAAACUGAAAGGAGAGUACAAAUCCAGCAGGGAUGAUAGAUUGAAAAGUGCCCUUGAACGCAAGAAGAAACAGUUAGAACGACUUGAAGAACAGCUGAUGAAACUGGAGGUACAGGCGACUGACAAAGAGGAGAACAAAGAUAUCGCAUUGGGUACCUCCAAGUUGAACUAUCUGGAUCCCAGAAUUAGUGUUGCAUGGUGCAAGAAAUGGGAAGUACCACUUGAAAAAAUUUACAAUCGUACUCAGCGAGAGAAAUUCCAAUGGGCAAUUGACAUGGCAGAUGAAACUUACGAGUUUUAAUGCUGGCUCCGGACCCCCCUGUCAUUUCAAUUACAGGGUGGCCCACAUAGUACUAGCCUAGCCCAUCUUAUUGCAACUGGUCAAAUACAAGACCCUGACUAUGUUGAUUUUUUUUUUUUAAAUAUUUGACAUUCGUGACAAGGUGUAUUUAGUAUCUAUUACAACAGAGAAAACUUCAAAGUUCAAAAACUUUGGGUGCCAUCCUCUGAUAGUAAUACAAUCGACAAAUCUUGCAAUUUCAUCCUUUUGCUAGUAUUUAUUAGCAACGAUUCUGCAUUUGAAACGGAAAUUAGUAUAUACACUUAGCUAGUAGAUGGUGUAUUAGUUUAGCUAACCUCCCAAGUACGUUUUUGUAAUUUGAAUGAAUUUAAAAACUAAAGUACCAUUGUAUUAAGAGUGUCUGGGUUCACAUUACAGUGCACUGCACAAAAGCGGCCGCCAAAUCAGGUUUUUCCUGUUAUUUACAGCACAGUUGAUAAAAGUGAGUUGUCAAGGCUCAUUUCUCCUCAAGACCUCUGUCACUGAAAUGUGAAAUGAAUGUUAUUUUAUUGUAUUUUUUUUUUUUUAAAUCUGCCAUUGUAUAUUUUGAUAUGGCACGAAGUAUACUAUUUUACAGUAGGCAUAUUUGCAAUAUUCCACUUUCAUCGCCAGUUCUUAUCGGCCUCGUCAUUACCUCAGAAGUCUUAAUCUUUUUAUUGACUUGUCACAUGUUUACAAAAAAAAGUUGCCGAUACUUACUUUAUUACCUUGCCGUAUUGCAUCUUAAACUAUCGUAGUAAUUCUGAAAAUCUGUUGACGUUACUCUUUUGACAGCUGCAAAUCGCUUGUCGUUUUGAAGGCCACUCCAAAUUUUUCCCCCUGUACGUUAGAAUAAACUUUUUUUUUUGACUAUGGAAUUAUCACUGAUUAAUAAAGAUUUAUUAAUUUGUCAGUAGAAAUGAAAUGAAAAGUGUAACCUGAACAUCUAAUAUUUGGAUAUGUGCACAUCUCGAAUUUGUUAAUAUUUAUAUGUGCAUUUCUUUUGUUCCUAGUUGAGAUGUUUUUCUGUGCAUCGGUGCACAGUUGCUACCUUCUUAGUGGAGUAUUACGUGAACUGGCCCAAACGCUGCAAUGAAUUUAGUCGUUCACAUCUUACAAAUGUCUCUUGUUGUGAUCUAAAUCAAUUUGUGAUGACCUGAAGGUAAUAGUGAAUGAGAAUUGUUUUCAGCCUUAUUGCAAUAUGUUGCUUAUUUUAAUAAAGUGGAUUUUAUCAUGA